UACAUGGUCCGAGAGCUGCUGCAGGACUUUCAGAUGAACUGUCUGCAAGUGUCGGACAGUCCUUACGACGAAGACGUGGCGAACACUCUGCCUAUGAAGCAUUACGAAUUUCCGACCGGCUACAACGAUGAUUUCGGAUCCGUGAGGCUCAUGAUACCCGAAGCUCUCUUCGAUCCCAGCAACGUUAAGGGUGUGGGCGCGAGUAUUUUGGGAGUCGGCCCUCUUGUCACCACGAGUGUCGGAAUGUGCGACAUGGAUAUCAGACCAAGUCUGUAUGGCAGCGUGGUGGUGACUGGCGGCAAUUCUUGUCUUCAAGGAUUUAGCGAGAGACUGAAUCGGGACUUGGGCAGUAAGACCCCUCCGAGCAUGAGACUGAAAAUAAUUAGCGCGAACAGCUCGAGCGAGCGACGUUAUGGUGCCUGGAUCGGCGGCUCGAUCCUCAGCUCCUUGGGCUCGUUCCAACAAAUGUGGCUGUCGCGUCAGGAGUACGAGGAAUCCGGCAAACUUAUUUUGGAAAGAUGCGCGUAAUUCAGUAAUGAAAAAAUUUUUUAAAUCACGGUACAAAAAACGGACGCUCUCCGUUUUCAGUAGAUUGAUUACCUUCUUAUUUAGGCUUUUGUUAAUAAUCGCUUCCCAAAUAACACAAAAGUCUAAAACUUUUGAUUUAAAUGAAAAUUAGAAUAUUUUUGCGACAUUUUUUGAACAUUUCAUUUGCCAGAACAAUCAUUUUAUGAAUUAGUAUGAGAGAAGAUGGACUCGUUAAUUUAGUCUAAAUCGUAAAUACUAAUCAAACGUCUUACGUAAACGUUACAAGCGAUUUACAUAAAGAUUGACGUAAUGGCGACGGUGUAAUGUAAGCCGUCCUCGUGAGCAACAACCAUCAAACUCGUUUUGAAGCGCCUAAAAAUUUAAUAAGGAUACUGCUAAAGCAUUAUUAAUAAAAAAAAAACCGUAAAUAAUGUGCUAAGGUUUUUUCGCGAUCUGCGAGAAAUGACUUUUCACGACAAAGCAUCAUACACAAUGUUUUCUCGCGACCUCGCGCACUUGUAAUGAGAAAAAAGUGCGAUUAAUCAAAAGCAUCCUGUAUAACACGUAAAUCGCGAGUAUAAGCAAUGUUUAAUCGACAACUCGCUUAGACGCCUAAUUAGAUAGACGUAUAUAAAUAUAACACGCGCGGCUUAUAAGAAUACAGUUCCUAAUUGCUCCGUGAAUCUUCUACACAUGGUAUCUUACAAUUAGAAGAGAAGAAUCACCUUUCCCGUUAAAGCCAUUCUAAAACAAAUAUAAAUUGAUACAAUUUAUCGCGUAGUAGACUUUCAUUAUAUUUUAUCAGAUAUUUAUUUUUA